CAAGUCCAAACACAUUUGGCCUUCAAAUUUCGCGGCUGAGAGUUGUCAAGGAAUGGCGACGGUACUUAUGGAAUCCGCGUUGCCGCCGUUCAGGAAAUCGGUAGAAGACGACGGCUCGAGUCCGUCGGACGCCAUCGCAUUCGUCGGGCUGUGCUUGGUGUUAGGAAUCGCAUGCAGGCAGGUCUUGCGUGGUACCAAAGUACCCUACACCGUCGCUCUCCUCAUUCUCGGCAUUCUCGUCGGUUCUAUAGCAUUUGGUACACACAUUCCUUUGGGUAAGAUUGGGGAUGGCAUUCGAAUUUGGGCUGGUAUUGAUCCCGAUCUUCUAUUGGCCGUUUUUCUUCCUGCCCUACUAUUUGAGAGUGCAUUCUCUAUGGAACUGCACCAAAUAAAGAGGGGUAUUAUUCAUAUGAUUAUACUAGCUGGACCUGGUGUUUUGAUGUCAACUUUCCUUCUUGGAUCUGCCUUGAAGUUCACUUUCCCUUAUGGCUGGAGUUGGAAAACAUCAUUGCUGUUGGGGGGAAUUUUGAGCGCUACUGAUCCUGUGGCCGUUGUCGCUCAUUUAAAAGACCUUGGUGCCAGCAAAAAACUGAGUACAAUAAUUGAAGGAGAGUCCUUGAUGAAUGAUGGGGUAUCAAUUGUGGUUUAUCAGCUCUUCUAUCAGAUGAUCCUUGGAAAGAGCUAUGACUGGGCAGCCAUAAUCAAAUUUCUAUGUCAAGCCACAUUUGGAGCUGUAGGUAUUGGUCUUGCUUUUGGUAUAUUAUCUAUAAUGUGGCUUCGAUUCAUUUUCAAUGACACUGUGAUAGAGAUAACUCUAACAGUUGCUGUGAGCUAUAUCGCCUACUUCACUGCUCAAGAGGGUGCUGCUGCAUCCGGUGUUUUGGCGGUGAUGACUUUAGGAAUGUUUUAUUCUGCGGUUGCAAAGACGGCUUUUAAGGGUGAAAGCCAGCAAAGCUUGCAUCAUUUCUGGGAAAUGAUCGCCUACAUUGCUAAUACAUUAAUUUUCAUCUUGAGCGGUGUUAUUAUAGCUGAAGGUGUUCUAAAUGGUGAUGAUAUUCUGGGAAAUGGAAAAUCUUGGGCCUACCUUCUUCUUCUGUAUGUUUAUGUACACAUUUCGCGGCUUAUAGUUGUUGGCGUAUCAUUUCCCUUGCUUCAGUAUUUUGGCUAUGGGUUAGAUUGGAAGGAGGCUAUAAUCCUCAUAUGGUCAGGUCUGCGAGGUGCUGUAGCACUGUCACUUUCACUAUCGGUUAAGCGUACUAGUGACAGUGUCAGUUCUACAAUUCUCAGUUCCAACACAGGAGUCCGGUUUGCAUUCUUCACUGGUGGAAUUGUCUUCUUGACACUUGUUGUGAAUGGUUCAACCGCACAAUUCAUUUUACAGUUUCUAGCAAUGGAUAGGCUAUCAGCAGCUAAGAGGCGGAUACUGCAUUACACCAAAUACGAAAUGUUAAAAAAAACAUUAAAGGCUUUUGGUGAUCUUGGAGAUGAUGAGGAAUUGGGGCCUGCUGAUUGGCCCACUGUGAAAAAAUACAUAACAUGCUUAAAUGAAGUGGAAAUUGAACCUGCACACCCUCAUAUUGCAGCCGAAAGUAAUGACCAGGACAUUACAAAUUCGAACAAUGUACAAGAACGCCUUUUGAUUGGAGAAAAUGAAGACCUGGAAAUCACAAAUUUGACAGAUAUACGUGAACGCCUUUUGAAUGGAGUUCAAGCCGCCUACUGGACCAUGCUUGAUGAAGGAAGGAUUACACAAUAUACUGCAAAUAUUCUGAUGCAAUCUGUGGAUGAAGCAUUUGACUUGGUUUCAAAUGAGCCUGUAUGUGACUGGAAAGGUUUAAAGUCUCAUGUUCAUAUCCCAAAAUACUACAAGGUUCUACAAUCAAGUGUUUGCCCACAGAAAUUGGUAAGGUACUUUACUGUGGAAAGGUUGGAAUUUUCAUGUUCCAUUUGUGCUGCCUUUCUUCGUGCCCAUAGAAUGGCAAGAGAGCAACUCCAUGAUUUUAUAGGUGAUAGUGAUAUUGCUACCAUUAUCAUUAAUGAAAGUCUGGCAGAAGGAGAAGAAGCAAAUGAAUUCUUGGAAGAUGUUCGCGUUACAUUUCCUCAGGUUUUGCGUGUUGUGAAAACAAGACAAGUAACAUACUCGGUCCUGAACCAUUUAAUUGAUUAUGUACAAAACCUGGAGAAGGUUGGCUUGCUGGGAAAAAAAGAGAUGCUCCAUCUUCAUGAUGCUGUCCAGACUGACCUGAAAAUGCUUUUAAGGAAUCCCCCAUUAGUAAAGGCUCCAAAGAUAACUGAUUUGUUUAGUCUCAAUCCUCUGAUGGGGGCUCUGCCUUCUUCAGUUCGUAAACCACUUGAAGGGUCAACCAAGGAAACAAUUAAAUUACGUGGUGUGACACUUUACAAGGAGGGCUCCAAGCCUAAUAGCAUCUGGCUUAUUUGCACUGGGGUAGUCAAGUGGACAAGUGAGAGCAUAAAGAACAGGCAUUUACUGCAUCCAACUUUUACCCAUGGCAGUACCUUGGGCCUAUAUGAAGUGCUUACUGGUAAGCCCUAUUUGUGUGAUAUCAUCACAGAUUCAGUGGUUCUUUGCUUUUACAUUGAAAGUCACAAGAUACUUUCUAUGCUCAAGACUGAUCCCUCGGUAGAAGAGUUCCUAUGGCAGGAAAGUGCUAUUAUGCUUCUGAAACUUCUCCUUCCACAAAAGUUUGAGAAUAUGGCAAUGCAAGAUUUAAGAAUUCUUGUUGCUGAAAGGUCAACAAUGACCAUUUACUUGAGUGGAGAGGUCGUUGAAAUUCCUCACCGGUCCAUUGGGAUUCUAUUAGAAGGAUUUGUCAAGAGCCAAGGGAUUCAAGAAGAAAUUAUUACAUCUCCAGCACCUCUACUGUCCUCACAUGGUUAUCAAAGCUUCCGAAAUCUGGAAACAAUAGGCACCAUGGAAUCACAAACCAAUUUUUCUUGUCAAGGAUCCAGUUAUUUUGUUGAAACAAGAUCAAGAGUGAUUGUAUUCGACAUUGCCACAUUUGAAUCUGACAGUGCUCUAAGUAGAGAACAUACUGGUCUUAUUAGUUGGCCUGAACAGUACCUCCAUCUAAAGCAACUAGAGCAGAAUCCUGAAGGGACUAACCAACAAGCUAACAGCUUAUCUACAAGGGCACUGCAGUUGAGCAUAUAUGGCAGCAUGGUAAACGUCGAGCCGCCACGUAAUCCGAGUUUCCCGAGAAGUGUUCCAAUUUCAUUGUCUGAUUCUCGUCCCCUUGCUUCUGACAAACCAGAAGGGGCUUCUACGGUCAGAAAGAAUCUGAAAGGGAGAGCUGAGAAAGUCACUCUUCCAGGGCAGUCGAGUACAGACCCAAAAGAAAGUCAUGUAAUACAUGUUCCUACCGAUAAUAAUGAAGAAUGCAAACAAUAUAAAGACACAGAGACAUGACACAAGGGUUUUAGUGGGAAGAUUUCUCCCAUAGUAAUGCUAGUGCAUACAUUAAUAGAUGAUGAUUCCAGACUUACAGUGAUGAAUCUGGUGGUGAGGAUACACCAAGUAGGCUCAUUUUACAACUUAAAACUUCAGAAAGCAACCGAUUACUUGUGUGACGAAAUGUAAUUUUGCGUAUAUGAUAUUUACGAAAUGUAAUUCCCUUUUUCAUCCAGUUUGCUUGUGCCUUAAAGCAUGAAAGUAGACAAGUAGUGAUCCAUUUUCAAUUUGCCU